AUGGCGCGGUGGCGGGCACGGCGCCUGCUGCCUCUGGUCACCUUCGUCACACUCGGCAUGAUCCUUGGAUCUUUGCUUCAGUUAGCAUUUCUCCAUCGACUAGAUGGCUAUUCACUGCACGCAGAUAGUGAUCCAGAGGCUGGUCUUCUUCGCCUUGGAUAUGUGAAGCCUGAAGUUAUCAGCUGGAUGCCAAGGAUAAUUGUUUUCCACAAUUUUCUUAGUUCAGAGGAGUGUGAUUACCUAAUGGCAAUUGCUAGACCAAGACUGCAAAUGUCCACUGUAGUGGAUGUUGCAACUGGAAAGGGUGUAAAAAGUGAUGUUCGGACGAGUUCUGGUAUGUUUGUGAAUUCUGAAGAAAGAAAAUCUCCAGUCAUUCAGGCUAUAGAGAAGCGAAUAUCUGUGUUCUCUCAAAUACCUAAAGAAAAUGGGGAGCUCAUUCAAGUAUUGAGGUAUGAAGCUAGUCAGUAUUAUAGACCACAUCAUGAUUACUUUUCUGACACUUUUAACCUGAAGCGUGGAGGGCAGCGUGUUGCUACAAUGCUUAUGUAUUUGACAGAUGGUGUUGAAGGUGGUGAAACUCACUUUCUGCAGGCAGGAGAUGGAGAGUGCAGCUGUGGAGGAAACGUGGUCAAAGGAUUGUGUGUUAAGCCAAACAAAGGGGACGCUGUUCUCUUUUGGAGCAUGGGAUUGGAUGGUAAUACAGACCCAAACAGUAUCCACAGCGGGUGCCCUGUUCUGAAAGGAGAGAAAUGGUCUGCGACGAAAUGGAUGAGGCAGAAGAUGACUUUCUGA